UUGAAUCAUUGUGUGGUUUUCCCAGAUUAGUUGCAAGGCUGUUGCAAGCAUAAAAGAUUAAACAAUCAGAGUCUAAUAAACUUUUCUGCGAUGUAUGUGUACAUGUUUUUGUGUUUCUUUGCUCUCGCAAUAGAUAACACAAUCGCAUCAUGUUCCUUCAAUCUCGACUCGAAUUUAGACGGAAAAUCCCCUCUCGUUAUUAAAAACAAUGAUGUUUUACUUCCCGACAAUGAACUCGGAGAUGUUGAAUUAUCAAACUAUGAUCAAGUCCAACUUUUAUGUUCUGGUAGCAAAAACAAUCUCAUACAAUACCACGGUUAUCUAGUAACAGCCACGUGCAGAAAUGGUAAAUUCACUCUCCCAAACGGAAAUUCCUACAACUUUAAAGUUCUAAAAUGUCAAAAUACACCCAUGCCCCAUGCCCAAGAAAUCGGACGUUGCAACGCCGGUGCAAAGCUAAUUAGCCUUGGUUUCACACUUGGUGAAACGAAUUUUCUUGAAAAAAUAACGCUAUGUUUCGAUGCCCAAAGAUUGACAACUUAUUGGUCAAGAAAUAAACUACGACCGUCGUCGUAUUCGUGCCAAAUACAUGACAGAGGGAGUUUCAAAAUAGAUUUUUUCAAUGCAAUCCACUCGACAAUCAACCCGGAUGAAGUAUAUCUUCACAGUACAUUCGACAGAGGCCAUUUGACCCCGCGAUGUGAUUUUUUCACUGGACCGGAGAAAAGAAUGACCUUUUAUUAUAUCAAUGUGUCACCACAAAAUCGAAAACUAAACCAGGGCAAUUGGAAGACUCUUGAAGGAGUGAUAAGAACGGCCAGCAAGGGAGCUAAGCGUACUCUUGUUAUCUAUACGGGGACAACGGAUACAAGGAAAUAUUUAAAAAAACAGAUUCCCAUUCAAAGAUAUUUUUGGAAAGUGGUAAUCGAUGCCAAUUCUGGAGAAGGCAUUGCAUUUAUCGGUGUAAACAGUGUUGAAGAUGUACCUAGUCCUUGCUUGGCUGUAGAUUGUCAACAGAUAAUGUGGCUAGGAAGUUCACGGUUCCGUUUUUCAAAUAUUAGCAAAGGAGCUAUUCACUGCUGCGCCAUCGAUAAUCUGAGAAAUAUUCCAAAUAUUGAACUGCCAACACUUUCAGAAUAUAGAGGCGGCCUAUUGCGGAAUAUGUAAUUCAACAAUUAAUAAAUUAAUUAACAAGUAACAUGUUAACAGUAUAAACUAAUUUUAUGAAAUAUAUAUUUCUCUGUAAACUA